CGCGCAAACACGCACGCACACUCUGGACGCGCGCUGGCUGGCUGCAACUGCAAGGCGUCGCCACCAACCGCAGCUAUAAUAGGUGUAUUGAACAGGCAGGCAGAGCAGGGCAGGCAGUGUAGGCUCCAUCAGAUCCAACGCCACCAGCUAGCAGCAGCAGCAGCAGCAUGGCCACCACCAGCACGCCUCGCCUCGCCACCCUCCUGGUGCUCCUGGCGGCGGCGUCACCGCUGCUGAGCGCAGCUCAAAAGGCCGCCCCGAAGGCUCCGGCGGCGGCGAAGGCGGCGCCAGGGCCGGCGGCGUCGUCGUCGUCCGGCGCGGGCGCGGCGGACGCGGCCCCUCCCACAGACGUGAACAAGGCGCUCAAGGACGACCAGUUCAGCGAGUUCAAGCAGCUGCUGCACGACACGCGCGUGGACACGCAGAUCAACGCGCAGCUGACGGACAGCUACAACGGGCUGACCAUCAUGGCGCCCACCAACGCCGCCUUCGACAAGAUGAAGGCCGGCGUGCUCAACGGGCUGUCGCCGCAGGACCAGAUCCAGCUCGUCCUCUACUGCGUGCUGCCCCGCUUCUACAGCCUCUCCAUGCUCGGCACCCUCGACGGCAAGGUCAACACGCAGGGCUCCGGCCACGACGGGCCCUACAGGUACGACAUCAAGCGGUCGGGCAACAACGUCAACGUGUCCACGGGCGUCAACUGGAUGCUGCUGGGCAGCCCCGUCAGCAAGGACUUCCCGCUCGCCAUCUACCCCGUCGACAAGGUGCCGCUCCCCUACGAGCUGUUCGGGCCCAAGCCGCCCACCCCGGCGCCCGCGCCGGCCCCGGCACCCGCCAAGUCCAAGACCAAGAAGAAGAAGAAGGCCGCCGGCAUCGCCGAGCCGCCCACGGCCGACGACGACACCUCCGCCUCCGACGACCAGAAGGCGGCCGCCACGCCCGGCGCCGCCGGCAGCUGGGCCGCCGCCGCGCUCUCGGCGCUCGCCGCUGCUGCCCUCGGCGCCGGCCUCUUCUGAUGGGGAGAGGGAGGAUAGAGUCAGUCACCAUCGUUCAGAUUUGAGAUCACACGGCGCGGCGCUACUGCGGUGGCGAUCGAUCGCUCCUGCGCCGCGCGCCGUGCAUUGCCAUACAAUGUCGCACGGUCGAUACGAUCAUAGAGUUGGUGUGCCCCAUCCAUCCAUGUACCCAUCCAUGCAUUUGUGGCUUUAUUAAUUCUUUCUUCCCCUUCCUUUCUCUCCCCUUUUCCUUUCGGCGGAUUUCUAUUGGUGAUUUGUAUUUGUAACCUAAUGUGAUGUACACAAGUAGUGCUUCCUCUUUCACUGGAUGGAUCUUUGGCCUCCGAGAUCUGGACCUGCUUUUGUUUGUUUAAUCCGAGCGUACUAUACGCUUAACAUACUAGCUGGUUGCUUGCUGUAGCCGUGUCGCAGUCGCUUGUGUUCCAAGCAUUUUCUUGCAGUGAAAAGAGAACAGGGAAGUGCAGACAGUGCAAGAGAUCGGACAGACAUGUGUGGUAGCAGUGCGUUGGACACCACACAUCUUCCCUUUUGCUGCAUCAUGUCUUUUGCCUGAAACACGCACAUAGCAAUAGCAGCAGUUCCCUCCUUUGAGAUGGCUGGCUGGGUCUGUCAGCCAGCGAGGUAAACCGUGCUCAUCAGCAGAGACGCAUUAUAUUAUUGGUGGUUGC